AUGAGUUCAGUACCAGAAACUUCGGAAAGAUCUGCUAUAGUAACAUCGCCGGACUUCACAGCAUUGGGAGCUCAAUUAAGUGAGGUACUUGGUAAGUUCAAUGAGUUAAGCGCUGAAAUGGCCGCACAAAGGCGUGUAAUUGAUCAGCUGGUCGACAGCAACAAUGGUGGUGGUGUCCCAAACGACCAAGAACCUAUCGAUAAUCACCCACCUGCACAAGACUAUCAACCACCCCACACAUCCACUACCCAAACACCUUUCCCUCCUCCUUUCGCUAACCCUCUUGAAAAUACCUUUACCCGACUAAAUUCAGACUUUUCCUAUAUGCAUCCGAAUUAUGGACCCCACCACCAUACUGCAGAGCCUUUUGUACUAGAUACUGCAUCUCAAGGGAAGGCGGCGAUAGAAGAACAACCUAUACCCAUUGACAAAGAUCUGUUAAGAAGGUUGGAUCGAUUCGAUGAUUUUAUGAGAAAGAAUCAAGGAUUGAGCAAGCAUGGUGGGUUAGAUUACAAUGAAUUGUGUCUUUUCCCGGAUAUUCAGCUACCGUUGGGAUUCAAAACCCCUAAAUUCAGCAAGUAUGAUGGAACUGGAAAUCCAAAGACGCACCUCAAGAUGUUUGCCAACAAGUUAGGUAAAUCUGUGGAUGAUGAGAAUUUGCCUAUGCGUCUAUUUCCGAAAAGUUUGGAGGGAGAUGCUCUAGAUUGGUAUUCAAAUUUGAAGUCUAGAGAAGUCAAGACCUGGUUGGAUCUAUCAACUGCUUUUGUGAAGCAGUAUGAAUUUAACUGUGAGUUGGCGCCAACACGAACCACACUGGAGGGUACGAAAAGAAAGCCGUCGGAAGAUCACAAGACCUACGCAAAACGGUGGAGAAAGUUAGCUGCCAAAGUGGAGCCUCCUAUGAUUGAGGAGGAGAUUGUUCGCACUUUCAUCAAGGCCCACGAUCCACCUUAUUUUGAAGAGAUCUUCCGCAUGACUGGAAGUCCAUUUGCUGCUAUCAUUAACAAAUUGGAGGAGUAUGAUAAAUUUGUCAAAGCAUGGAAGAUUGUUAAUGUGUCUGCAUUAAAGUUGCAAUUGGAUGCUCUACAAAAUCAAAACAGCAAUGGGAAAAAGCCCCCAUUCAAGAAGAAAGAAGGUGAUACUGCUUUUAUAUGGGAUCAAGGCCCGUCUUUCAGACCCAGAAAUCAUCCCACCUAUUCUUUUUCUUACCCACCAACCCUGCAAAACAAUAACCCUUCUCAAAAUCCUUUGCAAACCAGUGGAAUUCAAACUCGGAAGCAAUUUCGAACCUUCACCAACUUGGGCCGACCUAUUGAUCAGUUGUAUGAGCAAUUAAAAGCAGUUGGAAAAAUUGGCACUGUUCCUCCCAAAAUCUAUCCCAGAGGUCCUCCUGCCGGUUAUGAUCCGCAUGCAAUCUGUGCUUAUCAUUCUGGAAGUCCAGAAGAAAGGGAGAGCAGGGACCGAAUGUUAGUAAGAAUCCUCUACCUGAGCAUGGGAGCACUGUGGGGGUUAUCAUCGCUGAUGAAGAUUUUGUCGACCCCAGUCAGUACAUUGUAG